CAACCACCAGCGGCUUACAUUGAGGAAGUUACAAAAUGGCAGUUUAGCGCAUUCUAACUUUCUGUUUCUUACCUGGCGAGUUAGGUUUCGUUUAAAGCUCGUAGUGACCCAUCAUUCAAUGUCCUUAACGAGGGAAAUAUAGGCAUUGCAAAAAUAUAAUGACAAUACUCGCAAAACCUGAAGUGUUCCAUGAAAAUGUUUAGAACUUGUCGCUUCCUGGUUGCAACAUUUCCCCAAGACGAAACACAGCAAGUAAAGUGAGACAAACGGAAUAUUCGCUGUCAACGAUUCACGUAAAGCUACGGAUCCUCUAUAUUUUGGAUUACUUUUUGCUGUAGCCUUGUUGAUGACAGAUUCUUCAGAUGUUUGUCAACAAGAUAGAAAACGGACCGACCAGAAAUUCAACUAGCGGCGCGUAAUCAUGGAGAAUGAUAUCAGAUCGAAAGAAGGUCUUUUGGAACCAGUGCUUCCAGGCUCAGCAAUAUUUGAUGACAGUAUUCUACCACCCCUGCAUAACUCUUACCUGUAUGAGGAGUCAAGAAACUCAUUCAUUUACAGUUCUGCACAUCUGAUAAAUAAUGACAUCUUGCAGAAACGAUAUGCUACCUUCAGAGUGGAGAAGAAAGAGAGUGGUUACACCGAGGAGGAACUCGAGGAAUCGUUUGGUUUCCUGUUGUUUGAGGAUGAAAGUGAGGCAAACAAACUUGGGGAUAGCGGUCUACUUACUGGACAUGGCUCAUGCUCUACGCUUGGAGAUCCUUCAAAGGGAGUGUAUGUUUCAAAGUACUCAGACUGCCUGGACGUGAAACGAUGGUACUGUGGGAAGUCUGGCCAUAUUGCUAUAGUAAGACUUACAAAGGGCAGAGUGAAAGAAGUGAGUGACAACUACACUGUGAACUUCACUCCUCCCACAGAAGGGUUUGACUGCCACGAGUCAGAUCAACUCAGCACAGUCACAGCCACUACCAGCUCCUUUCUGGCAUUUGAGAGAACUCAGCACUAUAUGUAUGAGCUGAUGAAUGGAGGUAGAGACACAGAGAAGUGUCCUCGACAUGUGUGUCCAUUCGCAAUAGUGGCAUUUUCUUAUGGCAAAGCACAUCCUACUGUUCCUGAAUCAUCAGAAAAAAGGUAACUCUAUGGCUUUGUUGUAGAGGAUAUACAGUAUGUAGUAUUUAGCCAAACUCAACCUUUGAUGUCACAAUACUAGCAAAUGUGAACCAAAUGCACGGCAACAAGAUUCUUUCGGAUUCAGUGGUAAAAUUUAGGAGACGCACAGUAUACAUGUAUACAUUUAAACAGGAAGAGACAGAACAAAACUAGGGAUGUAAAUACACAGAACUUAGGCAGACUAAUAAGGCACAGGUGGGAAAGGAACAAGGCCAUAGACCUCUGAAGUUCGCCUACAAAAAAGCUACCAUCUUUGCCCAAAUAAAGUAAUCCAGUAUCUUGAGAUUUUUUCUAUGGGAAACUAACAUGGGGAUUUUGAAUUAUCGCACAUGUUAAACUCUCGCGGGGACGAAGAAAUUGGAAAUGCACUACAAAGUUUUGCCCUCUGCCUUUGAGUGGAUACUGUGGUCUUUGGUAGGUGAAGACGACACACUUUAAUCUUUGCUACCCCAGAGCUAACUUACAA